AUGACCGAAGACAUUCAUCAAUCUCAGAUAAGCUACUCCAGUUUUGAAUUCCUUCUUCAGGAACUUGUCCCAACUUCAAUCCGUGUAUCAAAGACGCUAUCAAUACAAUCAUCCAAACCAUCAUCAAUAACAUCAGAAUCGGAAUCAAAAUCAGACGCAACAUCUACAUCAGCCUCUCAAGAAAGUGAAGAGGAUCAAUCCAAUACCACGCAUCAAACAAGAAUAGACACUCAAUUGUCACCAUUUCCCAAUGAUCUUCCAGGAACUGUUAAUAUACUAGACACACCAUCCCUUCCUACUGACGAAGUCACCAUUCGCAUUGAAACACUUGGCUAUAACCUUGGUCUCAAAAUAGCCGAAUUACUACUCUACCAAAACUCAUCAACGAAAAUCAUUGAUAUCUUGGAUAUAAUGAAGUUCAUAUGUCGUGAUGUAUGGAAAUGUUUUUAUAAUAAGCAAAUCGAUAAUUUACGAACUAAUCAUAGAGGUACUUUUGUCUUGAUUGAUAACAAUUACAAAUUGAUUAGUCAGUUUAGUAGUCCAAGUGUUUCGGGAGUUGGUGGUGGUGGAGCUAAUGCUGCUGCUGCUGCUGCUGCUGCUGCUGCUUCUUCAGAUCACGAUACGUUGAAAAAAUCCAAAGUCUAUCUUUGGUUUCCCUGUGGUGUGAUUAGAGGGAUUUUGAUGAGUUUUGGUGUAGAAAGUAAUGUAUCGGCUGAAAUCACCCUGUUUCCAUCAGUCAUGUUUAAUAUCCACACAAGUAUUAAUAACUAG